UCAAUGUCGUGGAUAGAUAUUUUAGUUUCAACCGAACUCUUUUGCUAAUAAUUGGUUUAUGGCCUUAUGAAAAGUCAAAAUUUAUUAGACUGCAAAUAAUAUUAAUAUUUAGCAUUCUCAUAAGUUGCAUUAUAUUUCAGCUUACAUCAAUUUUAAGUACAAAAUGUUCUGCAGAACUCCUCAUCAAGAUUCUAUCUCCCGUACUUUCUUUCAUCACUGUUAUCGUUAAAUACAAUUCCUUUUUUGUUAAUAGUGAAGCAGUAAAAUGUUUAAUGGAACAAGUUCAGUAUAUUUAUAAUAACAUAAAGGACAACAACGAAAUUGCUAUUGUAGAAAGAUAUGGAAAUAAAGCAAAACAUUACACAACUGUUAUUGCAACGGCUUUUCUAUUUGGUGUAUCUCUUGUUUUGGUGGCUCAAUUAUGGCGAGAUUUUACAGAUAUCAUAUUAUCUGUAAAUAUAUCUCGACCACAUCACCUGCAGGUCACAACUGAAUAUUUUAUCAAUCAAGAAAGAUACUUCUACUUACUAUUCUUCCACUUAAAUACAGCUGUGGUCGUAGGAUGUUUCGUAUUAACAGCGACAGGUACAAUGCUCGUUGCAUAUCUUCAACAUGCUUGUGGAAUGUUUAGAAUUGCUAGUUACCGUAUUGAGACAGCAAUACAAAUUUAUAUAUCAAAAAAUAUUAACAUGCAAAACGAGAUUCUGACUUAUGAAGGUAUAAUUCGUGCUGUAGAUAUUCAUCGAAAAGCUAUGGCAUUUUCCACAUAUCUAAUAACCAGAUUUGAAAAAUCAUUUAUGAUUUUAAUAGCGUGUGGAGUGUUAAUUUUAGCCUUUAGUAUUUUUCGAAUUUCAAAUAUUAAAUAA